UGCAUAGCCAGCCAACCUCGCGUGUUAAAUCACUAGUCUCUCAAAGUCUCAUUUCCACACUACACUCCCCGCCAUCUUCCUCAAACUCUUCCUUCUUCCUCCACCGCCGGCCGGCAUGCCGACACCACACAUUAUCCGGCAACUGCCUUCUCUUGCAUUUCUCUCUAUCCUCUGCUUCCUCUCCAUACUAUCUCCCUCCCAAUCCGACGAUCUUCAAACACUUCUCAAAUUCAAAACCAUUUUCCAAAAUUCAAAUCCACAAGUUUUCAGUACAUGGACACCUCAAAACUCAAUCUGCAAUUUCACCGGAAUCAUCUGCGACUCCAGUAAUCAAUUGGUCAGAGAAAUCAAUCUCUCUGAUCAACAACUUUUGGGUACUCUUCCUUUUGAUUCAAUCUGUGAUCUUCAAUCACUUGAAAAACUCUCAUUCGGGCAGAAUUUUUUAUACGGCAACAUCACUGAUCACUUGAAGAAUUGCACUAGAUUGCGGUACUUGGAUUUGGGUAAUAACUCAUUUUCCGGGAAAGUGCCAGACUUGUCUUCUCUAAGCCAACUCGAGUUCUUGAAUCUGAAUCACAGUGGAUUUUCCGGCCAAUUUCCAUGGAAAUCGCUGGAAAAUCUCACCAGUCUCACUUUCUUGAGCUUAGGUGACAACCCAUUUGACAAAAACUCAUUUCCAUUGGAAGUACUGAAGCUUGAAAAGCUCUACUGGCUGUACCUCACAAACUGCAGUCUUGAAGGGAAAAUUCCCGAGAAAAUUGGGAAUCUUUCUGUGCUAGAAAAUCUUGAACUUUCAGAUAAUCACUUGUUUGGUGAAAUCCCAGAAGGAAUCACGAAGCUUACAAGACUUACACAGCUUGAGUUAUAUGACAAUACACUCACUGGAAAGCUUCCCAUUGGAUUCGGAAAUCUAACCAAUCUCAUCAACUUUGAUGCUUCAAAUAACAGUCUUGAAGGUGACCUCUCCGAGCUCAAAUCUCUGACCCAACUGGCUUCAUUGCAUCUCUUUGAAAACCAAUUUUCAGGGGAAAUUCCAGAGGAAUUUGGAGAGUUCAAGUCCCUUGUGGAAUUUUCUCUGUACACAAACAAGCUCACCGGUUCUCUUCCUCAAAAGAUUGGUUCUUGGGCUGAUUUAAUUUACAUUGAUGUCUCUGAGAACUAUUUAACUGGUUCUAUACCACCUGACAUGUGCAAGAAUGGCAAGCUGACUGAUCUACUGCUGCUUCAGAAUAAGCUCACCGGUGACAUUCCGGCGACUUAUGUGAAUUGUUCGUCAUUGGUUCGUUUACGGGUGAACAACAAUUCGCUUUCCGGGACAGUCCCGGAUGGGAUUUGGGGUUUGCCGGAGUUGGGUAUAAUUGAUCUCAGUUUGAAUCAAUUUGUAGGUUCUGUGACAACCCAUAUCGGUGAUGCCAAGUCUUUAGCACAGUUGUUUUUGGCUAAUAAUAAAUUCUCCGGCGAAUUACCGAUGAGGGUCUCCGAAGCUUCAUCUUUAGUUGCCAUUAGUCUGAGCGGGAAUCAGUUUUCCGGUAACAUUCCGGCGACAAUUGGGGAAUUGAAGAAGCUAAGCAGUCUUCAUUUGGAGGAUAAUCAGUUUUCUGGUAUUAUACCGGACUCAAUCGGCUCAUGUGUUUCUCUCAACGAUGUAAACCUCGCCGGCAAUUCACUUUCCGGGGAAAUUCCAGCAACCAUUGGUUCUUUACCAAGCUUGAAUUCCUUAAACCUAUCUAACAACAAACUUUCCGGUGAAAUCCCGGCGAGUUUGGCUUCGGUGAGACUAAGUCUUCUUGAUUUGUCAAGUAACAGGUUGAUUGGCAGUAUACCGGAAUCUUUAGCUACUGGUAGCUUUGCCGGAAAUCCGGGCCUUUGUAGUCAGAGUAUUAGAAAUUUCCGGGCAUGUUCGUCAGAUUCCGGCAAGACCACUCAGAUUGGGACAGUUAUUUAUUGUCUCAUAGCAGGAGGUACUGUCCUGAUUGUGUCACUUGCAGGUUUCAUGUACAUGAAGUUUAGGCACAAAAAUAAGAACAGUCCUAUUAAGGGAGGGUAUUCUUGGGAUAUGAAACAGUUUCAUGUAUUGAGUUUUGAUGAACUAGAUAUCCUGAAUUCAAUCAAAGAUGAUAAUUUGAUUGGCAAAGGUGGGUCAGGAAAUGUGUACAAAGUCACCCUUGGCGGUGGCCAGCAUUUGGCUGUGAAACACAUUUGGAGGUCGGAUUCCGGGGACUGGAAAAGUAGCCGGAGCACCUCGCCGGUGCUGGCAAAGGGAAAGCUCCAGUCGCCGGAAUAUGACGCCGAGGUGGCUACAUUGAGCUCAGUGAGGCAUGUAAAUGUGGUGAAGUUGUACUGUAGCAUCACGAGUGAGGACUCAAAUCUGCUGGUUUAUGAGUACAUGCCCAAUGGGAGCCUGUGGGACCGGUUGCACACAUGUAAGAAGAUCGGGUUGGAAUGGGUGGUGCGAUAUGAGAUUGCGAUGGGGGCUGCCAGGGGGCUGGAGUAUCUGCACCAUGGGUGUGAUAGACCGGUGAUACACCGGGACGUGAAAUCGAGCAAUAUUCUGUUGGAUGAGCAUAUGAAGCCUAGGAUUGCAGAUUUUGGGCUGGCAAAGAUUUUGCAGGCUAGUGGAGUUAGGGACUCCACACACAUCAUAGCAGGGACACACGGCUACAUCGCUCCUGAAUAUGCAUACACAUGCAAGGUGAAUGAGAAAAGCGAUGUCUACAGCUUCGGAGUGGUUCUUAUGGAGCUGGUGACAGGGAAGAGACCGGUGGAGCCAGAGUUUGGAGAGAACAAGGACAUAGUUCAGUGGGUUUGCAGCAAGAUGAGAAGCCAAGACAGCUUGCUUGAUUUGGUGGACUCAAGCCUCUCCCAAGCCAUGAAAGAAGACGCGGUGAAGGUGUUGAGAAUUGCGGCUCAUUGCACGGCCAAGAUCCCGGCAGUAAGACCAUCCAUGAGAAUGGUAGUGAAGAUGUUGGAAGAGGCAGAGCCUUUUAAAUUGAGCAGCAUAAUUGUCAAUCAAAGAGGCUGACAGUAGUUAGAAUGAGGAGUUAAACAAUGGCAGCAAGUUUUAAAUAUUUUUAUGCUUGGGAGUGGAUCUGUUGGUUGCUUAUACAGAAUGAGGCACUCUUGGCAAUAUUUUGGGCCUCAACUAGUUGAUAGUUUAAUAACUCUCCAAACUUCAGUGAAGGACAAUGUCCCCUUGACAAGGAAGUUUCCUAGUAAAAAGGAUACAAAUUCAUAGCUAAGCUAUUUUUCUGUAAUUUUUUUGUAUUUUUUUUUUUUUGGUUGGAUAAUCAGCUCUCAGCUUGAGAAAGAGAGAGAUUCUAUGUAAUAUAACAUUAAGUUCUAUUAAAAGAAUGUUUUUUUGUAUUCUUUCA